AUGGUUUGUAAUCACAAUUGCAGUCGGCCAGAUGUUCCGGUCAUGACUACUGAUAGGGAACACUUUCAGUUGCUGAACUGUUCCAAUGUUCGAGUGGGUAUUACAGUGGCAAUGUUGUGCGAAACAGUGGUAAAGAAAGGACGAGGCUCAAAAACAAUGAAAGAGCUAACACGUAGCGAUGUACAGUGUAGAAUAUGCUAUUGCGCUCAAGUGGAUCCAGGUGGCUGGGUGCCGGCAUCUGCGUUGCGAAUUAUUUACAAGAGGGAAUAUCCGAAAUUUCUGCGCGGUUUUACGAAAUAUGUAUUGGCUCAUGUUAAUUCUCAUCCAUUAAUCAUCUGA